UGUUUACUUCCCGCUUUUGUCCUUUCCUAUCUCUUCAUACUUCCGAUAUGCAUCACCUUCAGAUCCUUCGGAUCCAACCAUCGGCGUUGUCCAUAUCACAACCAGAAUACCGCAAUAACCAUUACAAUAAAUAAAUCCUUCUUUAAAUCAUGGCGUCUCCUUCUACUCCCCAUGUCCCGGGCCUUCAACCUGCGAACCAAGCAAAAUUACAAGAGGUGUUGAAGAAGUCUGGUACCAAACUAACCGGUCUUCAUCCUAGAUACGAUUACCUCUUCAAGCUUCUCCUCAUCGGAGAUUCCGGUGUUGGAAAGUCUUGCCUUCUCUUGCGAUUCGCUGAUGAUACCUACACUGAAUCCUACAUCUCGACCAUCGGAGUUGAUUUCAAAAUCCGAACUAUCGAGCUUGCCGGAAAGACUGUGAAGUUGCAGAUUUGGGAUACUGCUGGACAAGAGCGAUUCCGAACCAUCACUUCCUCCUACUACCGUGGCGCCCACGGCAUCUGCGUUGUUUACGAUGUCACCGACAUGGACAGCUUCAACAACGUCAAGCAGUGGCUGCAGGAAAUUGACCGAUAUGCUACCGAAGGUGUAAACAAGCUACUUGUCGGAAACAAGAGUGAUAUGUCGGACAAAAAGGUCGUUGAGUACACAGUCGCGAAGGAAUUCGCUGACAGCCUCGGCAUCCCAUUCUUGGAGACAUCUGCCAAGAACGCGUCCAACGUCGAACAGUCAUUCUUGACCAUGGCUCGACAGAUUAAGGAGAGAAUGGGAUCGCAAGCCACCACGAACACCAAGCCUGGUGUUCAAGUUGGCCCUGGACACAAUGUUUCCAACUCGUCCAGUGGUGGCUGCUGCUAGAGCAGCAAUUCAUGAUACCCUCGUACGACAAGCAUCCUCACGCAUUUUGAUUUCCUGGGACGGACUGGCAGUAAAGGCAGUGAAGGCAUGAAAGGCACGCAUAUGGUCAGGAUGACAAGAAUGGUGGGACGUGUUUACUUUUCACUUUUGACCUGUG